GUUGCCAGGCGGUGAUAGGCUGGCAGGCCUGGGCAGGCCUGGGCAGGCAAGGGUUCGCUGGUGGUUUUGCGUGCUUCUUAGCGGACGCUGCUCGUACUUGGUCCUUGGCCCACCACUUCGCCAAGCACACACCGCGUUGGCCAUGUGUGGGUGGCGACAUUGGGAGCAUGGGAGCAGGGAAGAGAAGACAAAGGAGGUCGGAUCCGGGACUCUGACACCGACGCCAUCGCCAAGUCGAGGUUCCCCAAUUCGCUCUUAAACCCUGCAACGUCCGCUCCCCCGGCUUUUCCUUCUUCUGCCACAUCAUCUCUCGCUGAGAAUCCAACGGCACCGCGCCUCACUGAAUAUUAUUGAAUGGGGACAGAGAGCGAUCUUGGCGUCGAGGGGCAGACGGAGCCUCCUAUACGAAGCCUCAACCGUUCCGUAGCCAACCUCCUGCCUGACGGCCCAGACCCGUCCCCGUCCCCCACGCUCGCCGGAACAUUCGGCACCGACGGCCGCGCCUCCAUCACCACCACCUUCGAGUCGGCCGCCAUCUUCGCCCCCGAGUCGGCCCACACGCUCUCCGUGCCUGAGGUCUGCGCUCUGCUCGAUACAGAUGCCGAAAACGGAAUCGACAAUUCCGAGGCUGCCCGUCGCCUGGAGCAGCAUGGCCCUAACAAGGUUGAGGGAGCUCGAGGGCUAUCCCUGUGGACGAUUCUCCUGAGGCAGGUGUCCAACAGCUUGACUUUAGUCCUUGUCGUCACCAUGGUGCUCUCGUUUGCCAUCGGCGACUACAUUGAAGGCGCCGUCAUCGCCGCCGUCAUCCUGCUCAACAUUGUAGUCGGAUUCAUCCAAGACUUUCGCGCUGAGCAGACCAUCCAGGCUCUGUAUGCCCUCUCUGCCCCCACCUGCAAGGUCGUCCGAGCCGGCCGUUCCGAGACCGUCAAGGCCGAAGCCCUGGUGCCGGGCGACCUGGUGCGUCUAGGCGUCGGUGACGUCGUCCCCGCAGAUCUACGACUUGUCCACAGCGUCAACAUGUCCAUCGACGAGGCCUUGCUCACUGGCGAGUCCCUCCCCGUCAGCAAGUAUGCCGACAUCAUUCUGAAGGACCGCGAUGUGCCUCUGGGCGAUCGCACCAACAUGGCCUACUCGGCCAGUACGGUAACUCGAGGCCGCGCCACCGGCAUUGUGGCCUCUACCGCCAUGGCCACCGAGGUGGGCAAGAUUGCCGAGCUCCUGAGGUCUAAGGGCACUACCUCGGACGAGGAGACUCGGGGCAUGCGUAGGAUUUUCGCCAGGGCCAAGCGUGGCCUGCGUGUCGUCCUUGGCUUCGACGGCACGCCGCUGCAGGUUUCACUGGGCAAAUUCGCCCUCCUCCUGUUCGCUCUCGCCAUCGCCCUCGCCAUCAUUGUCUUCUCUGUCAGCCGCUUCAAGGUCACAAACGAGGUGCUGAUAUACGGCAUCUGCGUGGCCGUGGCCGUCAUCCCCGAAUCCUUGAUUGCUGUUCUCACCAUCGCCACUGCUCUCGGCACCCGUGCCAUGGCCAGGGGUAAUGUUGUGAUCCGCAAGCUUGCCGCACUCGAGGCGGUGGGCGGUGUCACCAACAUCUGCUCGGACAAGACCGGAACGCUCACCCAAGGCAAGAUGGUCGCCAAUAAAGUCUGGCUGGCAGACGGCACAGAGGUGUCGGUCCAGGAGACAACCCAUCCCUUUGACCCCACCGCUGGAACUAUUCACCUCAAUGGUGAGGUUCUCGCUCUAGCGGCCACGGAAAAGGGCCCGUCCGACGAGCUACUCCCCAGCAGCGUGUUGCUGAAGGGAUUUCUGGAGACCAUAGCGCUGUGCAACAACUCGACCGUGACCAAGAGCGAAACCUCGUGGACCGCAGCUGGGGAUCCCACCGAGAUCGCCCUCCAGGUGCUGGCCAUGCGAUUUGGCAUGGACAAGCAAGCUCUCCUGAGAUCAGGCGGCCAUCGACUUCUCGCAGAAUACCCCUUUGACUCGUCCUGCAAAAGGAUGACGGUCAUCUGCGCCGACGAGACGGCAGGUCUCGGCGCCUGUGCGUUCACAAAAGGUGCUCUCGAGGCUAUCCUCCCGUUGCUGGACGCUUCUGACGAACAGAAGAUGCAGAUCGUAGCCAAGGCCGAAGCCCUUGCCGCCGAAGGACUCCGCGUUCUCUGCGUCGCCAGGAAGUCGGUCGAUUCGAGCAUCUUCUCAGAGCCAGCUUCAGUCGUCUCAGGGGCUGGUGGCAGUGAGAAGUCAGCAACGGUAGUCGCAGAGACCCUCCUCGACAGGACCAGCGCCGAAAGCCGCCUGGCUUUUGUCGGCCUGGCUGGGCUUCAGGACCCGCCUCGCGUCGAGUCGGCGGCGGCGGUCAAGAAAUGCCAGGACGCGGGCAUCACAGUCCAUAUGCUCACUGGCGAUCACGUCAAGACGGCCACGGCAAUUGCUCGCGAGAUCGGCAUUCUAAAGCCGACAUCUGCGGCCGCAAACGCCGAGGAGAUCAUGGUGGCUAGCGCGUUCGACCGCCUCACAGAUGCCCAGAUCGACGACAUGCCGCAUCUCCCGCUGGUGCUCGCGAGGUGCAGCCCAACCACUAAGGUGCGCGUGGUGGAGGCCAUGCACCGGAGGAAGGCGUUCUGCGUCAUGACGGGAGACGGCGUCAACGACUCGCCGGCUCUGAAGAAGUCCGACGUGGGCAUCGCCAUGGGCUUGAACGGCAGCGACGUGGCCAAGGAGGCCGCCGACAUGGUUCUGACCGACGACAACUUCGCGUCUAUCGUGACUGCCAUCGAAGAAGGCAGACGGCUGUUUGACAAUAUUCAGAAGUUCCUCCUGCACCUCCUGAUCUCCAACAUUGCCCAGGUCAUCCUCCUCCUGAUCGGACUGUCUUUCAAAGACACGCAUGGCAUCUCCGUGUUCCCGCUCUCCCCGCUGGAGAUCCUCUGGGCCAACCUCGUGACGUCGUCCUUCCUCGCCCUCGGGCUGGGCCUGGAAGAUGCGCAGCCGGACGUGAUGCAGCGGCCCCCUCAUGAUCUGGCCAUUGGAGUCUUCACGCGCGAGCUCAUCGUCGACAAGUUCGUCUACGGAACGGCCAUGGGCGGGCUGUGCCUUGCCGCCUUCACCAGCGUGGCCUACGGCAUGUCUGGGCCCGACGGCCUCGGCCACGGCUGCAACGAGGGAUGGGAGGUAUCGUGCAGCGUCUCCUUCCGCGCCCGCGCCACUACCUUUGCCACGCUGACCUUUCUGCUCCUCGUCACCGCCUGGGAGGCCAAGCACUUCACGCGCUCGCUGUUCAACAUGCUACCUGAGAAGUACGGCGGGCCCCUGUCCGUGUUCCGCACCGUCUGGCACAAUAAGUUUCUCUUCUAUGCCGUCUCGGCGGGCUUCGUCAUCAUGUUCCCCGUCAUCUACCUGCCCGUGAUCAACCGCGCCGUCUUCAAGCACGAUGCCAUCACCUGGGAAUGGGGCGUCGUCAUGGCGGGCGUCGUUGUCUACACCGCUAUCAUUGAGUCGUGGAAGGCCGUUAAGAGGCGCUUCAAGAUGGGCGCGGCUUCGCUGCGUGUUGUUACGGGCGGCGAUGCUUGAUGGUGGAAGUGCUUG